AUGACUCCUGCUGGACCUAUUUGUGCUUCAUGUAAACAAUUGGGUCACAGCAGGAGAUCAAAUUUUUCUUGCCCUUUGAACCCAAGACACAAAACUCUCUUGAUCCCCCAAAAGAGAACCAGUGAUAAUCUCUCUGCCCAAGAAGAAUAUCAAGCAGAGACUGGUGCUUCGAGACCAAGAGUUGAAGCUGUUCAGAAUUCUGUGGUACUUACUGUGGCAGAAAUCAAUGCUCUCUCCCGUGCUGCCCAAUAUCCUGCAGAGAGUAGUCGAGAUCUAACUGCCGCUUUUGAGGCUUUGCAAGUUUCUGAUGUUGAGAGAGUCUUGGAUUUGACUACCACCACUGCCACUGUUAUUUCCCGCUGUUUCAGCUGUAAUGGAAUUGGUCACCAACGGAGUAACAGCUUGCAGUGCCCUAACAACCAAAGGAACUGCAAUUUUGUCCCCGGCCAGUUAACUACCACUCACAACAUGGCCCGGCGUACUACCGCCUCUGCAAUGUCUACCAUUGUAACUGGAUCAAGUGCUGGAAAGGUGGUGCUUAUCCCAAGAAUCAAGCUGAACCCAACUGGAUCGACCAUGUCCAUUGAGUUCAAGCGAUGUCAAUUUCCAGUCCGCCUUGCCUUUGCCAUGACUAUCAACAAGUUCCAAGGCCAGAUUCUUGACAAAGUUGGUUUGUACCUUCCCGACCAUGUCUUUGGUCAUGGGCAGUUGUAUGUCGCUCUCUCUUGGGUCCGAACUCCAAACUCAGUAAAAAUCAUGGUUGAUAUGGACAGUAUUUCUACCGAAGCAACCAGCAAUGUCUAA